AUGGCUGAUCUACUUAGGCUUGUGACGGGGACUCAGACACAGUCUGCACAAAAAUCCCCUUUGAAGAAGCUCCGUAAGUAUGGGGCAGUGGAUUUCAAGGGAAUGAAAGAGGAUGAUCUUACCGCUGCUGAACUUUGGUUAGAAAGGAUAGAGAGGGUCCUUCAGCAGCUACAUUGUACCCCUGACCAGAGUGUGGAGUGUGUUGUGUCUCUGCUCAAGGAGGAUGCCUACCAAUGGUGGGAUACUGUGUCACACGCAGUUCAGCAAGAUCAGUUGACAUGGCAAUUCUUCUUAGUUGAGUUUAGGAAGAAAUACGUUAGCAAUGUUUACCUUGAGGCAAAAAGGAGGGAGUUUAAUGAUAUGAGACAGAGGCAAUUAACAGUAUCUGAAUAUGAAAGAGAGUUUGUAACGUUGAGUAGAUAUGGUAGAGAAAUAGUUUCCACUAAAGCUAAUAGAUGUAAAAGGUUUGAAGAGGGUUUAAAUGACAAUAGCAAGUUGCAUAUCAUAGCCUUGAGGAUCACAGAUUUUUCCCAGAUGGUAGAGGUUGCAUUAAAUGUAGAGAGGGUUAGAAUUAGUGAGCAGAACCCUAGAGACAGGCAACGUAAGAGAGAAUCUAGACCAAGACAAUCUAGCAUGCGAACUUCUAUUAGUAAGAAGUCCAAGGGUUAA